AUGCUGGGAAGGAAUGGAGCUUGCGCUGGUCUGGCCGUGGGUCAGUUGGUGCUAAAUUUCUCUGAGUACCAAAAGAGUAUAUGCUUCGCUUUUACACCAGGUGCAGGACGUAACGUAUAUACUACACCGAGCGUUUUUCAAAUUUGCAACAGGAUUCAGCCUGCUCGUCUUGAACACUAUCUAGAUGCAACCUUUUGGAUCCCGCUAUCUACGCAUGAUUGA